GUUUUGCUCCACCCUUGUUCGGCUGGGAGCGUUGAUUAUAUCCUAAGCUUUAUCAUUCGAAACUUAAGUUUUCUUUCAGCUCAUUUGUGCUCGCAGGUGCUUCUGUGACCGCACUUUUUCGCGAAACAGUGCUAAACAAAUUCAGUCAUCUAGAGCACUUAUGACCUUACCCCACGCUUUGAUCACACUGGAUUGACUGGAUUAGACAACGCCAGCUGAUCCAGGGAUUCAUGAACAUAUAAAGAUAGGUGUGCUAGUGUUAGAGGCUGGUUUGCAAAGCAGAAAUUACGAUUGAGAGAUCAGUCUUCGAAUAAGGGCGGCUACAUUUUAGUCCGGUAAAAAGCUAUAAUGUUGGAACCAAAGGACCCGGAUCUUUUGUGGAUAGUUAUUGUGGGUUUCAUUGUUGCUUUUGUCUUGGCUUUUGGAAUCGGAGCAAACGAUGUAGCGAAUUCAUUUGGAACUUCCGUGGGAGCCAAAGUGUUGACUCUCCGGCAAGCCUGCAUUAUUGCAACGAUCUUUGAACUGUCCGGAGCAGUUCUCAUUGGAGCCAGAGUAUCAGGUAACGGCCAUCACAGGAUACUGAAGAGAGUGUUUGACCUUAAUUAAGUUUGACCUUGGAGGUUUCACCAUGUCUGAUGAAUUUAUUAUGUAUUCAAGAUGCUUCUCUGUCCCUUUUGGUUUCAAUGUUUAUGGAAAGGGGUGAUUUCAUUAUCUUAGGCAUACUCCUCAUUAGCAGAUGUUUUUGUACGAAAAUCGUCCUUAUUGUGUUGAACAAUGAUCGUAAUAUUGCCUCAACCCAUGAACAAUUCGAAUAUCGUGAGAUUAAGCUUACUGAUCAACACGAUAUGAAUUUAAAACUUCAUCGUCAAUGGCCCUGGAAGUUUACAUAAUAAAUGAUUUUUUUUUAAGAGAAGUUGAUAUUAGUUUCCAGUAUUUCCAUACAACAAUAGCAACUCAGAGUACAAGUGUGUUCACUGAUCCGAUUCAUUCAUCUCCACAGCUGAGUGAUUUUUUUAAGCAUUUGAGGAUACAUUCAAUUAUUUUAAGAACCGAAAAAAACUUUUGUGAAAACAUUCUUGUCCUUCUGACAUGAUUAUUUUCUUUUUGCCAUGGAGUUAUUGAAAGAUGUCAUUAUGUGGCUUCUAUUGUUUGCAAUUUGCAAGUUUGAGGUUUCACAUUUGACCGUUACGAAUGUAAUUUCCAAAGUGGUUGGAAGGGCUGAAUGAAUAUGUUUUUAUGUUCAGUGAACUGUUUCAUGUAAUUUUGAUAAUUAGGAUGCAAGUUACUUAGAUUUGUGUCAGACAAGGUCACAAUUUUAAGCAAAAUGAACACUAUUCUGGGUUUAAUAAAUAUUCAUGAAAUACAGCCAUAAAAUAAUAAUUUUUCUGGUUACAGAAUAAGUCAAGAGAUCACAUCAUAGUUAAGAGUAAUCAACAAGGGGGUUAACUGAGAAUGAUUAACACCAGUUUUUAAAUUUCUAACUUCACUAAUGUGGCCUGCAAUGUGACUGCUCAAGGUGAUAUUAGAACUGUGAGAGAACAAAAAAAACUUUUAACUCGGGAUUGGUCUAAGCUCUAACAAUAAAAAUGUUCUGAAAUUUUUUAGUUUUAUGCACUUGGUUUAAAUAUGUCAUUAACAAUGUCCAGAAAUCAUCUUCUAUGUAAGUUUGAUUUGCUAGUCACUUAUUUCCACUUCACCAGCACUUUUAAUUUGAUAGCUCAAGUGGAUCAGAUUACUGUGAUAUAAAUGGCCUUACCCAUUUUCCUUCUCUUGCAAUUUUGAAGUCUAAUUUGUAAAAUCACAACAAAAACUGUUCAGGUUAGUUUACUUAAUUAAGUCUAAUUUUCAAUCCUUCAGACCAAAUUAUUAAAGGGACAUGAAUAUUGAAGCUUUUGUUUUUCUUGUUCGUAGACACAGUAAGGAAAGGAAUCAUUGAUAUAAACUCCUUUAAUGGUACUGAAGAACUGGCUAUGAUUGGAUCACUGAGUGCUCUCAGUGGUACAGGAAUAUGGCUGAUAGUUGCAACAUUUUUUAACCUUCCUGUGUCAGGGACUCACAGUGUUGUUGGUGCUACUAUGGGUUAUGCAUUAGUGGCACAUGGGCUUGCAGGAGUCAAGUGGAAGACUUUUGGACUCAUUGGUGAGUCUUUUAGCCUAAAGAAAUCCAUCAUUCUUGAUUACAAUUGUGGAUGAUUAAAAGAUUUGGAUCAAUAUCCGUAUCUGGGCAACUGCCCACCUACCCCUCCCCUAACCUAACAUUCACCCUAACUUGUUAUCAAUUGACUGUUAUUGGGUUAGGGGAGGGGUAGGUGGGCAGUUGCCCAGAUACUGAUAAUGAUCCAAGGAUUUAGUAGAGAGAAUUAGUCAGUGGUUGUAAAACAUAGAGCUUACCAAACUAGAUUCCUUUUUUAAAUUGAUUUUAUAAAACUUCAAUUACAACAGUAGCCUUAUCUCUGUAACAGAAUUUUAAAACCUUCAUUACAUGUUUGAAAAAUGAAGUAGAAACCUGAAGGUAUUUUUUAAUAAUCUUGGUCAAGUGUUGUUGAUGACUAUGAUAGUUUUGGAUUAUUUAUGACUAUUUACCUUUUUCUAUUUGUAGCUGCAUCUUGGGUCAUAUCUCCAUUGCUGUCAGGACUUUCAAGUUCUAUCAUCUUUGUUCUUAUUCGACAUUUCAUACUUUCCAAGGUAAGAAACCAAGGUUUGAUCGAAUGAAAAACUGUACCUAGUGUGUUUUUGUUCUUGUGCAAGGAGCGCUUAUUGAAUAAUAGUAUAACUACAAAUUAGGCAGUUUUCAUAUUUAAUAAACUUCAUAUUUCUGUGGUUGGGAGAAGUAAGCUUUUUAUUAAACUUUUACACCUCCACAGUUUCUAACUGCCAAGCAGAAACAGAAUUUAUUGCUUCGUGUAUAGUCUUUAUCUUUAAAGCAAAAUAUGUGGAAUGUAAUGGGAUGCUACUUGGGUUUGCGUUUUUUUAUUUUAUUACAUUUAACUGAAAAGGUCUUAGUUUUUUAUUAGUGAAUCUGAAGCAUUUUGAAUACACCAGGUAAUAGUACAGUCCCCUGACUUAUUUUUUUGUUGCUUUGUUUUGCUUUAUUUUGUUUGUUUGCCAAAUUUUAUUAGCCAAGUCUUAUAAAAAUUAAUGUUAGUAUUGGUUGACAGAGAGAGCUUACAUAGCAUUGUGGCAAAUAUUGAGUGCUUUUCUAAUUGACUCAGUGUUAUUUGUAUACUGCUUGAUUUAUUUUCAAUUGAAAGAGUUGCACUAUUGAUUAGUAUUUGUAGUUUGUAGUUUGAUACAGAUUUUGGUAAUGAAUGUACAUUCCCUGAAUCCUUUAUUAAUUUGAAAUUUUGAUGUACAGUUAUUGUAACUUUUUUUCCAGAUUAACGCAUUUGAUAUUGGUCUGAAGUCACUGCCUUUAUUUUAUGCCAUAACAAUAGCCAUUAAUUUCUUCUCAGUGUUCUACAAGGGAUCUCAUGGUAAGAAGAGUUUCUGUAGAAAACAUUGAGAUAACACGAUUUUUGAUAUAAAGUACUUUUUAAUGAUGUAGAUAAAAUCUGUCGGGUUUUUGAUAAUUAUAUAAUUUUUCUUUAAGAGGUACUUUCAUUAUUUGGUCAAAUUAUUUUACAUCAUUUCCCAGUUUAAUUAAGUUUUCUUCAAUUUGUUCUUCUCCAUGACUAGAAAAUGUUUCUUAAACCAGUAAAAUAGGGGGCACUCUCUAGCUGAUAAACCUUUAUUUUCAUCACUUGUUUCAUGAAGAAUGUGCUGAAAUCAUGAGGAGAAAUUACAUGCCAAUGAAUAAGAACAAUAUAAAUUAAUUAUUAACUUAUUCUAAUUGGCAAAGAAGUUGAGAGUAAGUCCUUCAAAUUAAAACACUGUCAAUGAUAGAACUCAUAUUGAGUAAUGACAUGAUUAAUUGGAGGUUCUAUUCAAUUGUUUUCAGUAUUGGGCUUUGAUCGCAUUCCACUGUAUGGUGUGUUAAUUCUGUCAGUUGGAGGUGGUAUUCUCUCAGCAAUUAUUGUACUCUUUGUUGUGUCUCCAUACUUGAAGAAGAAAAUUCUGAGGGAAGUAUAUGGUGAUGAAAGAGAAACAACUUUAUCUGCUGGUUCACCAGCUGCUGCCCAUUUCUCCAAAUCAACUUUGAUUAAAAGUAUUGAGCCAGAAGUUUUUACUGAUGAGCAAGGUUCAAGAAGUAAGUUUUUACUCAAGACGCAACUUUACUUCAAUGUCAAAUUUGUAUUCAAUCUUAAAUAGUUUAUCAUAUUUUUACUUGCUGAAUAGAGGGUAUUUUAAAAAACUGUGACCAAUUAAGUAACACUGAUGGUGCAGUUUCCUUUACCGAGGGAAGAGUUUGCAUGGCUUCAUGGAAAAUAAGAACAAAUGUGCAAUUCAAUACAGAAGAAAUUUUUAUGAAGCUAUAAACAAAUUCCCACAACAUCUGCAAAAAUACCUUUGAAUCCCACCUUAUAAAGAAGGAGUGAUAGAAUGAGUUAAUUAUUAAUACCAAAGGAAUCCCUCCAACAUGACUGAAAUCUAAGAGAUAAGUGUUCAGAUUUAUACUUGCUAUGCUAUUGCAGUGACUCAAACAAACGUUUGGUAAUGUGCUGUGUUAAGUACAUGAUACCUAAGUUAAGAAGAGUGUUCUUAAAAGACAAAGUCAUUUUAAAAAUCGCAUAUCUUUUGUAACCACCAAUUUAUAGUUUACACUAAGCUGAGUUGGCCACCAUUUUUUCAGCUUCCAAAGUUGCUCCAAUCCUGGAGAAAAUCCAGUUCAAAGUAGCCAAUGUGCACCACCAUUUUCAAUAGCUAGUUAGUAUAUAGUGGUGAUGUCAGACUUUCCAACAUAUUAUUACCCCCUGCACAUUUCCAGUGUUUACCUUUUGAUUGUGGUCAUGGCAUCUCAUAAACCACAUUGUUUUAAGCCAAAACAAGCUCAAAAUCUGGACGAAAACAGUGACGGAGAUGGUGAAAUGAAGAAUCUACUUGGAACUACAGAUAGGUGCUCUUGUGGCUUAUGCCAAGUGCUACCAAUGCCAAAAGAGUGCAAUCACUGUCAAAAACAAGCAGACUGGAAAACAAGACGGAGAAUACAAAUGCUUAUAUGAAUGAUUGUUGGCUAUAAUGAGUGAAUACUUUCAAUGGAAUGUGGUGUCAUUUUGCUUGACUUAAGUGUUGGAAAUUGCACUUGUAAGAGAUUAGCUUUAACAAACUAUAUUUGUAUUUAUCUCUGUGUAUUUUGUGUCUAUAAUUUUUCACUGCUGGGCAAAAUGCAGGGGUUUCAUGUAUCUUAGAGAAGGAGGAAUUCCCAGCCGUGUGCUCAAAUCGAGCAUUGUUACCAACUGCGAUGAUGGGCCUGUACAACUAUAGUAGAUCACCUAUGCCUUCACCAUUGCAGAAUUGAUAAGAGCAGUGCAGAUAAGAUUCUAUUUGCAUUUACUCCAGGAUACAUCAUGUGCUAUACUUGCUCAUUAGUGACAUGAUUUUACUCAAAUUACAUCAAGACUAUGAAGUCUGCCAUCAGUCUUUUGUUCUAAUGAAAAUGUACACUGUAAUUGUUCUGUUCCUCUUACAUUUUUGGUUAUAUGUUGUUGUUGUUGUUGUCCUUUUUUCUUCAAGUAUAAAAUUUAAAUUCAAAAUUUCUUUUAUCUGUGUCAUCAUUAGAUACAAAAUAUUACCAAUUUUAUUUUCAGUCCUUAUGACUAUGCAGCUUAUCAAGAGUAGCUCUGUCUGAUUCAAAGAAAGUUUGAAAGAGAAGAAAUUAUUCCAUCCUGUGUCAUUACAACUAUUCCAAAAGAGUUUGUGGAAGCUGAUGGGAAUUCUACUGGUUUUAACCUUUUGACCCCUUAAAGAGACCCGCAUCUCUCCUUACAAUAUUGUCCCAAAAUCAAAUGUUAGGGUCACACGAGUAAAGGAAAUGAUCACCAACUAAAGAAGCUCUUGAUUGUUAAACAAAUUCUUCUUGUCAGCUUUUUUGGAUGUAUGUGGAGAUAAGUAUGGAGAAUGUGCAUACUUAUGUCAUGGUGUUAAUGGUUAGGGUUGCAACAAUGGGUGCAAUAUAUUUGGUAGUUAUCCAGUACAUAAAUUAGCUAGUUGUGUUAUUUAAUUGUCAUGUGGGUAAGUAAAAAAUAUAGAAGAUGUAGCCUUUGGAUGUUAAACUAAUUUAAGAAUUGUGUAUCAAAGUCUUGUAAAAAAAAGAACGAAAGCACCUUAUUUGAUAAACAAGUAUGGCUAGUGGUGACCUAAUUGCAUAUGCUCUAUCACGAUUAAAUCACUACAAACUAACUUAUUGAUGUUAUGCCAAAAUAUAAACCAUGGAAGAAAGGUGGGACAUGCAGUUGCAAUAUCAUAUGAUUGUUUCCUGGUGACAAUGCUAUACCACAAGAACUUAGAAUCAUUCAAACCAUGAAGCUGGGAGAGAAGGAAAAAAAUUCAUUAACUGAUUUUGAGUCCAUUAUACAACAGCAUUUUGAUUUUCCUUUAGGGUUAGAAAGUCCUGUAAGGAAGUAAUAGCUAAAAUGAAAAUAAAUAUGUAUCGUUGUACUGUGUUGGUAUUACAACAUUUCUUAAUGACUGGUGGUGAUACUCGGUUGUUGAAACCUGGACAUAUGCUGGGAAAUUGUGUCUCCUUUGUUCCCUUUAGAAAUCAGGGCGGAGUUUUGUGGUAUUGCUGAUGCUUGAAUUUUUCCUCGUUUCAUUAGCUCUUCAAUGAACUGAUAAAUUCAUAAAUGGCGUUAGCAACCCACUUUUUAUGGUGCUUAGGGAAAACAGAUGUAAAAUGGGCUUCUCUACUAUCAGUGGCAGCAGUCUCUCUUCCUGCAUUCCUUUUGUUGUCAGCACUGGUUGAUUUCAACACAGGCCGGGAAUUUCAUAUCUGAAUUACAAGAAACCCUGCGUUUUGCCAAGCAGCAAAAUAAACAUAGAGACAAAACAAACUGAGAUAAAUACAAAUCUAGUUGAUUUAAGCAAAUUUCUUACAUUUGUAAUUUUUAACACUCAAGCAAAGAGACACCACUUUCCAUUAAAAGUAUUCACUCAUUAUAGCCAACUAUCAUUUGUGUAAGUAUUGGUAUUCUCCAUCUUGUUUUCCAGUCUGCUUGUUUUUGACAGCAAAUACACAAUAUUAAGCCACAAGAAAAACUAUCUGUAGUUUCAAGCAGAUUACUCAUUUCACCAUCUCUGUUGCUGUUUUCGACCUGAUUUUGAGCUCAUUUUGGCUUGAAAUGAUACGGUUUAUGAGCCAUCAUGACCACAAUCAAAAGGUAAACACUGGAAACGCGCAGGGGGUAAUUAAAUGUUAGACAGUUUGACAUCACCACUAAGCUAAUUAGCUAUUCAAAAUGGCUAUGUGUGUUGGCCACUUUGAAGUGGAUUUUCACUAGGAUCGAAACAACUUUGGAAACUGAAAAACUUGUUGCUAGCAAAAAAUAUGUGAUCUUUAGAGUGACCUUGACUUUUAACAUUCUUAGUUUCAACCUUGGUCAUUAUGUAACUUGGCAAUUCUUAACUCAAGGAAACAGCUGGGAACAAACUUGAGCUUAAUGGGCCACUGUUCCAUCCAUUUGAGAGCAGCAGCCUCAUUUGUUGCCUUGUAUUUCUAAACAUGCCAAAAGGCCAGACUCAGAUAAGGCUACAAGUGAUACAAAAAGGGGUUUGUCAUUCUUGACUUAGAAGUUUUUAUUAGAUAUCAUACUCAUGGCUGGUAAGCUGGCACAACUUACAGAGUUAAAAUAAUUCUGGGAAUUGCUUUUCAAAGGCUCUAUCAGUAUUAAUUUCUUGUCCUUUUUUUUUUUUUUUUUUUAACUCUUUCCUUUCUUUUUUUCCAAAAAGAAUUCCCAGAAGAAAGCAGCCAAUGUGAAGAUGAUACAGUGACAUUAACUCUGCCUUCUGAGUGUUCAGUUUCCACACAAGCACAAGACACGCCUAACAAUGAACAAGCCCCAGAUACACCUAGUGAUGAACAAAACUUAAGUUGCUCACCCUCCAGUGAGAUGCAAUGUGAUACUAAGGAACUGAUUCAAGAGAAUGGUGGUCUUAAUGAGGCACAUAAGGAACGAGCAAGAUCACGGGGAAUGUCUCUCCUGAUGGAGGCACGGAUGCAAGUAACAGAUGAACCCAAAACUGGACGGCUUUUUGCUUUUUUGCAGAUAUUGACUGCUUCAUUUGGAGCCUUUGCACAUGGUGGAAAUGAUGUGAGGUACCUGGUUUUUUUUUUUUAACUUUUACUUGAUAGGCAGGUACUCAUGGAUAAUCAGUCACAGAUUUUCUAUGGGACCUGAGGGAGCAUUCUUUUAUUAUAAAAAGAUGCUGGGUUAAAUGUGAUAGUUUACAGCUGAUGAACUUCAGCAGUUACUUUAGAAGACUUCAAUUUAAUUAGGGGUGAUCUGGAUUGUGUGUGAAUUGUGAUACUCAGUCCUUUUUUUUUUUAAUGUCUUCUUUUUUUUAAGUCUUGGCAAGGUCCAUAUCCUUUGAAAGCUAUAAAAACAAGUACCGUAUUUACUUGUGUAUAAGUCAAUCUCUAAGGACCAAAAACUCAGCCCAAAAAAUCACCCUUGACUUAUACACAAGUCAUACACAAAGACCUGACCCAAGCAAUCCAAGAAAUUAGCACAACAAUUGCGUGAAGUCUGUUUGGAAAACCGAGUCUAUAAAACCAGUUUGAAUUGCGUUUGAGUUUCAUCACUUUUCAGCUCAUUCUUCGUCCACAAAAAGUUUGAAAUAAUAAAUUUUGAGUGGCUUAACACAAAGCUACUGGAGCUGAUUUAUAUUGUGUCUUUGGACUGUAGAACAGACAUUUUUUCUUACAGGUUUGCUGUUGUUUAUAGUGCUGAAAUUUCAAUUUCAUAGAAUGAUCACAGUAGCUUAGUAACUUGGCAAAUGCCGUUGUCUUGCACAGUUUUGCUUGUUACGCGCGAUCCUUCGAAGCUAUUUGGUGUUCCUUCAGUUUACUUAAUCUCCUUUCAAACUCAAUAUUAAGAUAAAGGUUUGUUAAUGCAAGAAAAUUUCAUUUUCAAUGUGAUUUACAAAAUAUAGUAAAAUAAUUCUCCAAUAAAUUGAAGUGCUUGUGUGUUCUUAAAUCGUGGUGAUAUAAACAAGUGCUGAUAAACCUCAAAGCACUUGGUUACAUUUUGCUCUGCAGUUUUUUAAUUCCCAGUGUUUUCAAUACAUUCCCAGAAAUAAGAAAUUAACUUCUGCGAAAUUUCUAUCUGUCUAAAUUUUACCUUUUUGACUAGAAAUGGUGAAAAACCUGAUUUUUUAACUUAAAAAAAGGGGGUCAACUUAUACAUGAGUUCGACUUAUACACAAGUAAAUACCGUAACUCAAUUAAGACAGGCUCACAUUUCAUCAAUGUCUCUUCAAGACCCAAAUGCGAUCCCUUAGGUUAGAACUGAUUGUGUAUAUGUCUGGCAACUUAUUGUUGCUGUUUUAUCUUGAAUUGCAGCAAUGCUAUUGGUCCAUUGAUCUCAUUGUGGGUUAUUUACUGGUCAGGCAUGAUUCAAGAGAAAGUUCAGAUUCCAAUCUGGAUUCUUGUUUUUGGAGGUGUUGGAAUAUGCAUUGGGCUCUUUGUUUGGGGACGACGUGUUAUCAAGACAGUUGGAGAGGAUCUAACUCCAAUAACACCAUCAAGGUAUGCAGGAAGACAAGGUACUCCGUUACACGUGCAACUUAAGAAUAGACAGAGACAAUCAGCCAUUUAGUUUUAUAUGAGCAAGACUUUUGAAACUUUCCAGAAUCAACAUUUUGUUGUCCUUCAAUUUGGUGUCAGGGUAAAAAAAAUUACUUAUUUUGUCUGAGGAAAGGUAAGAAAAUUCUGAAAGCACGCCAAACUGUCCAUGCAAAUUUUACAGAGUGGUCCCCCCAGGGAGUGGUGCUUGAAUGAAGAAGGAGGAAACUCAGACAUGAUGACAGCUUCCAACUUUCACAGUACCUAGUCAGUACUGAGCAGCUGUCAGUUGUAUCAUGGGAGGAUUGCUAAGUUUAUCUAGUAAAGUUUUAAGGAUACAGUAGACCCUCACAGGUGUUCUUUGCAAAAAAUAAACCAUGAACUAUAUAUCCAUGGUAAGAUUCUGACAUUCACUACUUGGCAAAAAUUCUUUUCACUUAAGCUUGAUCUAAUUGUAAACCAAAUGGUACACAAAAAUUCAGAAUACACAAUUUUUCUUUGAGUGAUUAAUGACAUAUUAAAUCUGACUGCACAAACAAAACUUCUGCACAAUUUCAAUCCUGAGGAGCUUAUGGUCCUCAAAACUGUGUGGAGAUUUAUUGAUAUUGUUAUUGGUUACUUUGUAAUUUAUCUGUCAAGUUUGCUGAUCAAAAUUUUACAGAUACAUAUUACAUCAGAAGCCACCAGGGGAGAUCCAUUUUGAAAAAUGGAAUUCCCUCUCAUGGUUUGUUUGGUUGGUGUCAUGGGAGUAUCUAGAUAAAAUUUCAAGGCAAUCUGUAUAGUUUACAUACCCUAUUAAUUUGUUCAAAGAAGGCACUUCCACAUAAAAACAAAGUAAGUUUCUUAGGUUUCUAAAGUUUUCCCAACAAUUCAGGUCUUUGGGUGACCACGUGUCAAGUUAUGUCAACACUCUGAAAAACUUGAAAUGCUUAUAGCUGAUCGAAACAUAGAAGUGUCCUGCAGAGUCUCAGGAGACUCAGCAAAAAACAUAUUUUGCACUAGGUAACUGUCCAUCAGUUACAAAUGUCCCCAUGACAGACCUGCUAAACAGCAAUUUUGAUGUCAACUUUUUUUUUCAACCUAAAGCCAGCUUAAGCAUGCCACGGCAAAACUUAAUGGUUGCUAAUCAAGUGCGAGCAGUGAAGAUUGCUUAAACCGGGGGCCUUUAUUUGAUUUGGUGAGAUUCUUUCACUACUAUGUGUGGAGUUUCUUUACUUCUUGUGCUGAGUCAUUCAGGCUUCUUAUUUUACUUUCAUCUAUGGACUCUUCUCCUUUUUAUCUUUUUCUAUUCACAUUCUAGUUUUAAAUGCAGGCAGAUAGCAAAGAUCUGUAUGUGAAAUCGAAAUCAGGAGACAUUUACAUGAUUGAAAUUCAAGUACCAGGAUGUUUUGCCACAACAAACCCUUUAGAGUCAUUAAUGUUUACAUGUUGUAUUUGGCUAUUCACACUGGCAGGUGAAAGAAUUCCAUUCAAAAAUGUUUUAGUAAAUAACUCACACAUGUGUCAAGAUUUUACCUAAUUUUUUGUUGGAAACUAUGGUUAAAAUGAUAAUGCUUAGUUUGACAUGAAAAAGAAAAAAAAGAAAAAAAAGUCAGCCCUCAAGGGUCUGCUGUAUCCUUAAGUUCUUUCCCCUGCUUUUAUCCAUGUGCAUUAUUUUUGACACUCAUACAUACUGUACUGAAUGAGAGUGAUCAAGUUGUUAACUCAGAUUUGUGGGUUUUUUUUUAGUUGUUCAUUCAAUGUGUGAUCCUAUAAUAGCAGUAAUUUAUAUUAUUUGUAAUUUCCAGCGGUUUUGUGAUUGAAAUUGGCUCAGCGCUAACUGUUCUGUGUGCAUCUAAUCUUGGCAUUCCAAUCAGUACCACACACUGUAAAGUGGGCUCUGUUGUUAUGGUUGGCAGAGUGAGGUCCAAGGAAGUUGUUGAUUGGUCAUUAUUCAGGAAUGUUAUACUGGCCUGGGUUAUUACUAUGCCUUUUGCAGGUUAG